UAUACAUAAGGUGUCAGAGUGCAUAAAACAGCAUCAAAAUAGAGCUUGUUUAUCAAAAAAAAAGUGCCAGUGGAGAAUCCCUGCAACCCCCGACACAGUUCCUCACCAAGUUCCUAAUGUGCUAAAAUUAAAAUGUCCUAACAUUUAAACGUGUAUAGGGUGGCUGCGACUGGCCCCUGGCCUCCUGUCAAAUUGAGUAUUCCUGCUCGAGCUUGUGUGGAACAGCAUCAGCUUUAAAGCCUUUUCUCCCUUCUUGGCUUGCCGUAGAUGAUGCAUCAAGUAGGAGGGGUCUUUCGUUGCGCUUAGCUACUCCUGAAAGUUUGCGGAAGUUUAUUUUCACAGCUAAAGUUGAAGUCAGCCUACUGGAGGGUAAAACCACAGAGAGACGUGAUUUUUUUGUGUUGUACUUCAAUAGAUGGAACUCAGCUCAGAGAAAAUACAGCGGAUCCUCUCCAAGUACAAAUUCCAUGAUGUUGCAAUUGAGGAGCUGCAGAAAAUCCAUCGGAUUUACCCCGGGAUGAAACCAGUCACGGGCACAUACACAUUUAGUGACAGCACCCAAAAAGACCUCUUGAAACUAAUCGGGAACAUCCCCGUCCAGUAUGGAGGCCGCUCCUACAACUUCCCCGUUCAGCUAUGGCUGUUGGACUCAUUCCCCUUCACACCUCCCAUAUGCCUCCUGAGACCGACCCCUAACAUGGUCAUCAGAGAGGGCAAGCAUGUUGAUGGAGGAGGACGGAUCCACCUGCCGAGCCUGCACAACUGGGAUUAUCCUAAGUCAUCUGUGGUGGGUCUUCUGAAAGAGAUGAUUGUCAAGUUUGAGGAGGAUCCUCCGCUGUCCUCGAAGACCACAGCAGACAAUAAAGACCCCCAUGAGCUCCUGGCUUUUGUUUCAAAUCUACAGAUCAAUGAUGGUACUUCAGUCGGUGGAAGCAGGCAUGAUCGACCAAACUACAAAGUUUCAGUUAUCGGGGGAGGAGAUUUAGGGAUGGCAUCAGUAAUGAGCAUUGUAUCAAAGUGUAAAGUGGACAAACUUGUUUUCAUUGACGUCGCUGAGAGUUCCACUAAGGGUGGCAGCAUGGAUCUAGAGAUCUUCAGUCUACCUAAGGUUGAGGUAUCCAGAGAUUUGUCAGCCUCUGCAGGCUCCAGGGUUGUCGUGGUGACUGCGAAUGCAUGGAGCGGCGAGCAGUCGUACGUGAGUGUGGUUCAGACUAACGUGGACUUGUACAGAGGAAUCAUCCCAAAUCUGGCCCGUCUCAGCCCUAACGCAGUGAUGAUCAUUGCUUCACAACCAGUGGACAUCAUGACACAUGUUGCCUGGAGGCAGAGUUGCCUGCCUCCAACACGGGUGAUAGGAGCAGGGUGUAAUCUGGACUCAGAGCGACUUAGUCACAUCCUGGAUAUUAACCUGAACAUUCACAAACCAGCUUGGGUCAUUGGAGAACUUUCAGAUAACAAAGUUGCUGUGAUGAGUAACACUGGGCUGAGCUCUGGCAUGCAGACAGAGAUCGCAGCAGCAUCCAACACUACCAAACCAUUGUUAGACAGAGCGCUUGAGAUGAUGAAGAAUCGUGGCCAGCGGUCGUGGUCUGUAGGUCUGUCCAUCGCUGACAUCACAAACAGUAUCCUGACAGAUCUGAAGAAGACUCACUCCGUCUCCACACUGGCUCAGGGUUGGGGUGGCAUAGGAGCCGAGGUGUUCCUCAGCUUGCCGUGCAUCAUGGGAGCAAACGGUUCCAUGCGCUUGGCUGGAGUGUCACUGGGAGAGGAGGAAGACUCCAAACUGAGGGAAAGUGUUACUUCCCUUUCUAACCUCAUUAGUCAGCUUAGGAUAUGAAGGAUGUGACUGUAGUCCCAGUUUUGGUUUAAGAGACCAGUUUGGGAGGCAGCAGCAGCUUACUGGCAGCAGAGUUCUCCUUUCAGCAAAUGGAUUGUAACUGUGCUGAAGUUGAAUGCAGUUUGAGUUUGCUACUAACACUGGAAUUUCGAAGUUAUGGACAUAAUUGCAUUAUUGUCAUAAAUAUGUAUGAUUUAAAUUAAGAUUUGUUUAUAUAUUCUCAUUGGACACUUUAUAUAAAUGAGGGUAAAUGGUGUGCCCCUGGGAUGACAUUUUUCUGUAGGCUAAAGCAGAAGUUAUCUUGGUGCAGGUUCUUUGUCAAAAAGUUUUGUUUUUUCUGCCAUUGCAUUUAAGAUUAUUGUAGAAAAUAAGCUCUGUGGCAAACAAACAUUUACGAUACUUUUAUUCAGCGAGAUAAUCUUCACAAUCAUUUCCUUUUUCAGGAUUCUCGGGGCCCAAAUGAAAUUUGCUAAAGUAAAAGGGUACUGUUAGGCUACAAACCAACUACUCUGCGGUUGCAUGAGUUAAUGUGCCCCCCAAAACUAAGCUGUAAAGCCGUGUUCGGCAUGGCUCAGCAUGAUGACGAUCUGUAGUCUAAUUUAGCCACUUGUUAGCAACUGCCUUUUUAAGACACAUAAAAAGUUCACAAGUUGGGAAUUUACUGACAAAUCUGGUCUCUUAAACACUUGUUGACCACAGACCUUAUUUCAGGAGCCAAAGGCACAUUUAAAAAACAAACAUUGAUUUCCAGAUGAGGGAACCGCAGGUGCUGAAAUCCUAUUGUAUUUCCAUAUUUUAUGACUCAUUCCUGGGGCACUCUAUAUCAAUGUACAAAUUGCAUUUUGUAAUUGAAAUCGUCAGAACAGAGGUAUUCAUAUUGCCAACAUGUUUAAACCAUGUUACAUGAAUACACUGCGUAAUAUUUUUGGAAAUCCAUGAAAGUCUAUGCAAAAGCAUCUUCAGAAUGUAUUUUUGAACAACUAUAUUUUUUCCAGUAAGUUUAAUUUGGCCUAGACUAUUUUUUACCAAAGAUUAUUUAAUUCUCCUUAUUUUUGUACUAAGCCAUCCCUUACACAAUCGCUUUGGAGAAAAUCAGGGUGUUGGCAGAAGAAGAGUGAGGCAUAUAUAUUAAUAGAUGCCUAACUGAUGAAGUAUAUUUCAAUGGCUUUAUUUGCUAACUUAAUGCUGUUUCUGUAUUUAAUGCAAUAAGCUUUUUUGAAAUGCCUUUACACUUAAGUCGCCUUUGCGCUUACUUUUGUUUACUUUGUAUAAAAUACUUUGCAAAGCUAGAAUCUAAAAUAUGUACAGUAAGAGGAAACAAUUUUGUGGGUGUGCAAUAAAUAUCUCAAACCAAA